AUGCUACUCAUCGGUUUAACCGGGUCAAUCGCGACCGGCAAAUCAACCAUCUCAUCGCUCCUCAAGUCCUCGCCAUAUGAGCUGCCGAUUGUGGACGCCGACGUUCUGGCCAGGAAGGUGGUCGAACCGGGCACAAGCGGCUACAACGCCAUUGUCAAGUAUUUUGGCCCAACAACCCCGGAUCUCCUAGUCGAACCAUCAGAUUCCAUGCCAGAAACCGGCCCCAACGGCAAGGGAAGACCACUCAACCGGCCUGCACUCGGAAAGCGCGUCUUUGGUGAUGGCGAACAACUGCAAAAGGACCGAGCCGUCCUAAACGGAAUUGUUCACCCUGCUGUACGCAAAGAGAUGUUCAAAAUGGUUCUGGGUUGUUACCUCCGCGGCCACUGGGCGGUAGUACUUGACAUCCCGCUCUUGUUCGAAAGCAAGCUGGAUAGAUUCUGCGGCGUUACCAUGGUUGUCGCAGUGUCGGAUCCGGAGAUCCAGAUGAAGCGAUUGAUGGACAGAGAUGCUCACCUAAGCAGAGAGGAUGCCGAGAAUAGAGUGCGCAGCCAGACGGAUGUGAGAGUCAAGGCGCAGAGAUGUAUCGAGAGAGGGGAAGGGAACGGCGUGGUCUUGUGGAACGAUGGCUCCAAGGAGGAGUUGGAGGUGAAGCUGGAUGAAGCUAUGAAGAAGAUGAAGGAACGAAGUCCUGAGUGGUGGUCGUGGGUGUUGCUGGGCUGUCCGCCAUUGGCUUUUGCAGCAGCGCUUUGGAGACUUUGGGGGAAUGCGAGGAUAAACCAGCGAUGGGAAGAGUCCCAGGCGGCAGCAAAAGCGAAGCUAUAA